CACGACAAUGGACCGUUCUCCUUCAGCCUGCCACAGGUUGGUGAGGACGUCAGGCUUUUACUGUGAAAAGCACGCUGGAGGUGGAGCUAAGGAAACCCAUCGCGGUUAGCAUUCACGAGACUGGACUACAAAUUCUAAUCGACGCCAGAACCAGACCGCCCGGAAAACAACGUGGACUCAUUGCGGUAAGCACCCAAACACCAGAUACUUCUUAUGAUUCUACUUCAGGUUCUUUUUAAGGUUCGGCUUACUCUCAUUGAAAUUCUACUUCUGUUUCUUAUUGAGGUUCUUCUUCUGGUUUUCUUUAGGUGUUUGGCUCCUGAUGGGGUUCUUAAAGUUGCAAUUGAGCUUUUUCUUGAAGUUGCUCUUCUAGCUCUUCUUGAGAUUUUUCUUCUAUUUGUAAUUCUGGUUCUCAUUGAAGAUCUGAUGGUUCUUCUGGUACUUGUGUUUUUCUUGAGGUUCUUCCUCUGGCUCUUAUUAAAGCUCUUUCUUGUGGUUUUCCUGCAGAUGUGUGAGAUGUCUAUGAAGGUGGAUAUCAAAGAAAACCAUCUGGUUCUUCUUCAUGGGAAUGCCAAAUGUAAAAUUCGAGUUUCCAAGUUCUGGGGAAAACUUAUUAGGGGCUAUGCCAGAAAGAAGAUGGAAGAACUCAUUGAAUCCAAACUGAAAGAAUUAGUCAACAAAAUGGUGAUUCCUAGAGAAGCUACCGUUGUAGUCGAUGUUGAAACCACCAUUGUCUAUUAUGAGGGCAGCCUAGUGGUCAGGGGAAAGCUGAGCCUGGUUCCUGAGGUGAUCCAGCAGACUCUGAGGCGCGCUACCAGACGAAAGUACUAAUAAAUUUGUCUUUCUUCUUUGUGUUGUUGUUGACUUUGUUGUGCAAUAAAAGUGUUGAGAUGCAUUGCCAUGUUAAAGAA